GAUCGAAUUCCCAAGACAAGUGAACUAACCAAAUUAAUCGACUUCAAAUCUUUCCAAGCAAUGGCAUCUUCUGCUUCUUCUUCCCAAGUUCCUUGUGGCAAACAUGAUGUUUUUAUCAGCUUUAGAGGAUCAGACAUUAGAUCUGAUUUUCUCAGCCAUUUGAAAAGGGCAUUGCGUCAAAAGAACGUAGAUAUCUAUGUGGAUGAUAGGCUUGAGAGAGGAGAAGAAAUAUGGUCAGCACUUGUGAAUGCAAUAGAAGGAUCCAUGAUUGCUUUGGUUAUAUUCUCGGACAAUUAUGCUUCUUCAAAGUGGUGCUUGGAAGAGCUAGUGAAAAUCGUGGAAUGUAAAAAAGCUAAUCAACAGAUUGUGAUUCCAAUAUUUUACCGUGUGGAUCCAUCACAUGUCAGGCAUCAAACACACACUUAUGCAGAUGCAUUUACUCAUCAUGAACAAAGGUUCCCGGACAACAUGCACAAUUUGGAAAAUUGGAGAUCUGUUUUGAAAGAAACUGCUCACUUAUCCGGUUAUCAUUCAUCAAAUUUUCAAGAUGAAUCUGAACUCAUCAAUGCAAUAGUUGAAGAUGUCUUUAAAAAAUUGGAAGUUAACACUCCAAUUGUACCAAGAUCUCAGCUCAUUGGAUUUCAUCAAAAUUUCACUAAUGUUGAAUCAUUAAUGAAAAUUGAGUCACCAGAAGUUCGAGUUCUUGGAAUUUGGGGCCCAGGAGGGAUAGGCAAAACAACCUUUGCUUCUACUAUAUUUGACAACUUCUUGUCUAAAUUUGAAAGUCACUGUUUCUUAGAAAAUGUGAGAGAAGAAUCAACAAAGAUUGGGUUAAGCUCUUUGCGUCAAAAACUUCUUUCCAAGCUAUUAGAUCAAAAAGAUUACAUAAAUAUGAAUCACGCAAUGAGAAGGUUGAAACAAAAAAAAGUGCUAAUUGUAAUUGAUGAUGUGGACAAUCCAAAGCAACUAAAAGAUUUGGCUCGACAACAACUUCACUUGGGACAGGGAAGCAGAGUCAUUGCAACAAGUAGAGACAAGCAUGUUCUUAGAAGUGGAGGGAUUCAUGAAAAAUAUAUACAUGAAGUCAGAGAAUUGAGUAGAAAAGAAUCACUUGAACUUUUCAGUAUGCAUGCCUACAAUCAAAAUCAUCCCAUUAAGGAAUAUGAAGAGCUAUCAAAUUUGACAGUUGCCUUGGCCGGAGGCAUUCCUUUAGCUUUAGAAGUUCUAGGUUCCCAUUUUCAUUCAAGAGAUGAAGCAUAUUGGAAAAGUGAGCUUAGCAAACUCCAAAAGUAUCCCCAUCAGGUAUUCAAAAUAAAAGGUCAAGUUAUUCUUGUGCUAGAGGCUUGUGGUUUCAAAGCGGUUAGUGGAAUACAAAAUCUUAUAGAUAAAGCUCUCAUAAAGUCAGAUGGGUAUCAUCGUAUUGUAAUGCAUGACUUGAUACGAGAAAUGGCUGAGCAAAUAGUUCGUGAGGAAUGUGUGAAACAUCCUGAAUUCCGUAGUCGAUUAAAUGAUGAAGAUGAAAUAUGUGAUGUGUUAGAAAAUAACAAGGGAACCGAUGAAAUUGAAGGCAUUUCACUGGAUGUGUCUCGAAUCAAAUAUUUACAUGUGAGAGCAAACCCCUUCUUAAAGAUGAAAAAAUUGAGAAUCCUCAAAGUUUUUAAUGGGCAAUGGUCUGAAACCAUGUUUCCUUUUGAUCUUGACUCUUUUCCUAAUGCAUUAAAAUAUUUUUGGUGGGAUUAUUACCCAUGUGAGUCUUUGCCAUCAGGCUUUUGUCCUGAAAACCUUGCUAAACUACGAAUGAGCAGAAGCAAUGUUACAAAGCUUUGGGAUGGAGUACAGGAUCUUGUGAAUCUAAAGACAAUUGAUUUGAGCCAGUCCUUUGAAUUGAUGGAAUUGCCUGAUUUUUCUAUGGCACAUAAGCUUGAAAAUGUAAAUCUCUAUGAUUGUGUAAGUUUGAGGAGUGUCCAUCCAUCCAUUUUAUCUCUUCCCACUCUUGUUGCAUUGGAUGUAUCUGGUUGCGGUAAAGUAGAGAGUCUUGAAAGUGAGACUCAUUUAGAAUCUCUUUCUAAUCUCACGACUUCCCGUUGUGGCCUCAAGAAAUUACGUUUUCUUCCAAUAAAUGAGCUGUGUUGCUUGACAAACCUUGAGGUGUUUGAUGUUUGUGAUUUCAAGCAAGAAAUUCACACAGAGGAGCUGCACUCCCUUUUUGAUGCUUGGCGUAAUUUAGGAAGUCUAUGUUUGAUCGGGUGGAGUUACUUGUCGGGAAUCCCUAGCAAUAUCAAGUGCUUAACAAGGUUACAACAUUUAUCAUUGGACGAGAGUGGUGUGGAGACAUUGCCAGCUGGCGUCAGCCAUCUUUCAAGCUUGAUAACAAUUCGCCUGCGAGAGUGCAAAAGGUUGAAGUCUAUACUUGGACUUCCUCCCAUGCUUGAAGAAUUAUAUGCCACUAAUUGCACUUUAUUGGAGACCGUAUCCUCUGACUCUCUCCUUUUCAAUCCGUGUCGCCUUCACUUCGAAAAUUGUGUAAAGUUGGAUGAGUGUUCGCUUGGCGUUAUCGAGGAAUCUGCUCAUUCCUUAUGCACUUCAUCCCCUGUUAGGAGUCCUCGGCCACAUCCUUUUGCUUGUUACGCAUGA